GUCAAGUACUAGUACAAUUACUUAACUCAACAUUGAAGAAACCUCGACCCUCUUUUAUACGAGUAAAAAGACUGCCUAAAAUCCAUUUUCUAGCUUAAUCAAACUCUGCCCCUGAAUCUAGCAACACAGAAAAAGACGAUGGCUGAAGAGUCGUCAAACGCAUCGAAAUAUGUGAAGUUGACCAAAGCUCAAGUCUCUGCUGAUGAAGAUAUCACCCCUGGUGAACUCAAUCAAGCAAUACCCAAUUCACAGUUGCAUGUUCACAAGUGUAGCGAGUGUGGGCAGCCUUUACCUGAAAGCUAUGAGCCUCCUGGUGAUGAACCUUGGUCAAGUGGGAUCUUUGGGUGUACACAAGAUACUGAGAGUUGUUGGACUGGGCUUUUCUGCCCAUGUGUCUUAUUUGGACGUAAUGUGGAAAGAUUGAGAGAUGAUACCCCAUGGACUACACCAUGUGUUUGUCAUGCUGUUUUUGUAGAAGGUGGUAUGGCACUGGCUGCUGCCACUGCUUGGACUUAUGGUAUCGACCCAAGAACAACAUGUCUGAUUUGGGAGGGAUUAUUUUUCACUUGGUGGAUGUGUGGCAUAUACACUGGUCUUGCUAGACAAUCCUUGCAGAGACAAUAUCAUCUCAAGAACUCCCCAUGUGACCCAUGCCUUGUGCAUUGCUGCAUGCACUGGUGUGCCUUGUGCCAGGAGCAUCGGGAGAUGAAAUCUCGUCUCACAGAUGAUGUCGCCAUGCCCAUGACCAUUGUCAACCCACCGCCUGUUCAAGAGAUGAGCUCUGACAGGGAAACCUCAGCCAAUUCUACUUCUGAAAAGAAUGACGAUAAAGAUGGUGUUAAAAUAGAGAUGCAGGCUCUAUAGUUUUCGUUAUAGCUCUGUACCCAGUACUGUAAAAAGACGGAAAUUAUGCAGCAAAACUUCAUUAAAACUUGGUUGCAUAAACCAAGGGCUUUAGGUUAUCUCUUGUGGGUGAAGCUAUUAUAUAUGGAGUUUUAAUGCUAUUUGAAAGCCCAUUUUUUACCGUGUACUAGGAAUCCACAGGCUUUCGAUUGAGAAAUUUGGCACUUCUGGUGCCUUUUAUUUUGCAGUUGCGUAAUUUGCAUUC